UGAAUUAAGUGGGAAGUUAGUGCAAAAUACAGAGUGCCAGUUGUAAAACAUCCAUAUACGAGACCUCUGUUUGUAAUAUUUAAUUCCAUGAAAAACUGUAUACUUUAAUUCUCUUUAAGCUCUCAAGAUUUUUCUAAUUGAUCAUGUAUACGGCGAAUUUUGUACCGAUUCAAGCCAGAAGCAAUGGCCAGAUCUCAUGUUUAUGGCGAUGACAAUAUUGAUAUUUAUUCCAACUCAUGGGGAGCAGAUAAGCCAUUUUACAAAAUGAAUCUAGAUCAGAGAGAAGCAAUUAAGACCAGUGCAAAGAAAGGUCGAGGCGGUCAAGGUGCUGCGCACAUUUUUCCGGUUGGUGCCUCUGGAAACGAGUUGGCUAACAACGAGUAUACAAUCACAGUCGUUGCAGUUGGACAAAAUGGAACAGUUCCGAGUGAUUCAGUCAUAAGUUCAAGUGUAAUAACUUCAGGUCUUCGAAAUGGAAACAACCUAACUGCAGAUUUCAUGGUGACUACAUCACAAGGAAACAAAUGUAUUACUAGUUUUGCUGGAGUUUCUGCUGCCACUGCACAGGUUUCGGGAAUGAUAGCCUUAGCCCUGGAAGCAAACCCACUACUGACGUUAUCCGAUAUGCAGGACUUGAUCGUUUAUUCUUCAGAAGUUCACUGCCUGAAGAAAUCUAGUAAACACAUGACAAAUGCUGCAGGACAUAAGUUUCAUUCAGUAUUCGGUUUUGGACUUUUAAACGCAUUAAAGCUUGUAGAUAAGGCAGAGAAAAAGGAAGAGGGUGCUGAAUUUCAUCCUCACACUUUGCGUCAGAUAACGUCAUGCUUUGACGAAAGGGAAGGCUUCACGGCCAGUUUCUGCUACAGCUGUACUCAAAAUGAGGAUAGUUUUCUACUUGUACAAGAAUGUUUACAGAAGGUAAAGACGGCAAAAGUUCAAGUCAAAUAUACAACAUCUGCUGAUUACAUGCGGAUGACGUUGAUCUCUCCAAGUGGAACAGUUUCAGUUCUGCAAGAGCUGGAAUCAAAAUAUAUGUCUACAAUUUCAAAGGAAAGAAAACAAAUUUUGACCUCAGUUCAUUUUUGGGAUGAAGCACCGAGUGGAAUAUGGCGAUUUAGUAUCCAGUCUGAUGGUAAAACUGAAGUAAAAGGAAACGUUGCAUUAACGCUGAUUGGAAUAGCAGUUGAGAUAACCCAAGAUAAAGCAAUGGUAAAAGACACAUUUUGCGCUACAACCUGUUCCACUGCUCCAAGUCAAGGUCUUUCCUGCGUCACUAUUCUUAUUUCUCUCACUCUGGCUUUCCUGGUCGCAGUUAUGUAAAAGGAAAUUGACAAAGAGAGGACUCUAAACCUUGAAAUUAAAGAAGGUUCGGUAAUUCAAUGGCAGUGUGUGUAUGAUAUAAUUUCUUCGUGAUUGUGUAAUAUUCAACAUUCUUUUAAAAGCUUUUUGGAAAGUUCGCUUUUCAGUUUUGAGAACAUAUUCAAGGACAAUACGUGAAUUACUACCUAAAUCUGUGAGUCCCCGUAAAUGAUAAUUGUUAAAUAAUUUCCAUUUGAUUACCUUCUCUCAGUAUAGGAUUUUGGCAUUUCCCGAGAGAUACCGAAUUGCAAAUAUUUGUGACCGAUGACGAUUGCCUAAGUAAAAUACAGAGAAUACAUACUGCCACGAAAUUGACGAGCGGAAUUAUGGCUAGUUAUGUAUAUAAUGUUUGAUUUAUAUUUCAAUGAAACAUGAUGGAUUGAAUCAUGGUCCAUGAAUUUAAAGGCAAAUCAAUAAUUGAAUAAUAACGUUCAAGAAUGAAAGUAAAUUUGACUUAUUCGGAUGGUUUCUUAGAGAGGUUAUCAAGAUAAUUUGAUUAUCUAUUUAUUACAAAUCGAAAUAUUAAAAACUAUGAAUAUUCAAAUUAUUUCUUUUCAAAUACGGAAAGGCAAAUACUUAUUUUCUAUAUGAAAUAUACACCAACUUUCUCAUUUACAAUUCAGUACAAAGAGGAACUGUAAAAAUAAACAAAUAGAUAGGUGACAUUUAUCAAUACUGUGGUAUGUAAUCAUUACGUAAGAUCAAUGCAGUCGAGACGUUUCUACCCAAAGAGACAAUUCCAUCCCAAGAAAUUUCGACCCCUACUCUUUGGACUAUUCGACUCCUUACAGUAAGUUUUCUAACAUCAAACAAAGUCCCGUUGACAAUUAUCAAUAUAAAGCAUGUUAAUAUAGUUAAAAGUGAUAUGUUAUAUCAUAACCCUUUAUUUCAAGUGAAGUUUUAUAAAUGUGGAUUUAAAACCCGUAUUAAAUUUACGUAUAAAUUAAAGUUGAACUUGCUGAUGUUUUGAAAGAUAUUCCUGUAAAGCCUUAUAUCUCCACAUAAUUUAGUGAAUAAAACGCAUUAAAGAUGCUUAUUUUAUUAUUUCUAUUCUGUUUAUUUCUAUUGGAGUAUUAUGUUGCUUCGUCAGAGUCU